CAAAAAUAACUAAAUCCUCUCUUUUCAAACUUGUGGCUUUCACGAGUACAGUCUUCUCUGUGUUGUCAUCUAUUCUUUUCUAUAUAUAAUCAACGAAUCUUCUUUGGUAGUGAGAGAAAACUUAAGAACCAAACACAUAUCUAACAUUAGUUAACGUUUGUAUACUCUAUAGUUUUCUAAUUACGUGCUGGUGAAUUAAUCAUGGACGAUCAAAUCUCCAGCGAGAAUGCGGUCGAGAAGCCGACCGAGGAGAACACCGGAGUUAAUAGAUACGCGCUUCAGUGUGCUAUUGUCGCCUCCAUCGUCUCCAUCAUCUUUGGUUACGAUACUGGCGUUAUGAGUGGAGCGAUGGUGUUUAUAGAAGAAGAGUUAAAGACAAACGAAGUUCAGAUCGAAGUCCUCACCGGAAUCCUCAACCUUUGUGCCCUCGUCGGAUCACUGCUCGCCGGAAGAACGUCGGACAUAAUCGGACGACGUUACACAAUCGUCUUGGCCUCAAUACUCUUCAUGUUGGGCUCAAUACUAAUGGGCUGGGGCCCAAGCUAUCCCGUUCUCCUCACCGGUAGAUGCACCGCCGGGCUCGGAGUCGGUUUCGCCCUCAUGGUUGCACCGGUCUACUCGGCCGAGAUAGCAACCGCUUCGCACAGAGGACUCCUAGCUUCUCUACCUCAUCUUUGCAUCAGCAUAGGGAUUUUAAUCGGUUACCUAGUGAAUUACUUCUUCUCCAAGCUACCUAUGCAUAUCGGUUGGAGGCUGAUGCUCGGUAUAGCUGCGAUCCCGUCGCUAGUGCUGGCCUUCGGGAUCUUGAAAAUGCCGGAAUCUCCACGGUGGUUGAUUCUGCAAGGGCGUCUCGGAGAAGGCAAAAGGAUACUGGACUUGGUGUCGAACUCGCCUGAAGAGGCGGAGCUACGGUUUCAAGACAUCAAAACCGCCGCGGGAAUCGACCCGAAGUGCAAAGACGAGGUGGUGAAGAUGGAGAACAAGAAGACUCACGGGGAAGGAGUUUGGAAAGAGCUUAUCCUAAGACCUACACCUGCGGUGAGACGAGUUCUUUUGACUGCGUUAGGGAUUCAUUUCUUCCAGCACGCAACUGGUAUCGAAGCCGUGUUGCUAUACGGUCCGAAGAUUUUUAAGAAAGCUGGAAUCACGACUAAAGACAAGCUUUUCUUGGUUACGAUCGGUGUCGGAAUCAUGAAAACGACUUUUAUUUUUACGGCGACUUUCUUGCUUGACAAGGUAGGUCGGAGGAAGCUUUUGUUGACCAGCGUCGGAGGGAUGAUUGGCGCGUUGACAAUGUUAGGGUUUGGGCUUACGAUGGCUCAAAAUUCUGGCGGGAAACUGGUUUGGGCUUUGGUUCUGAGUAUAGUUUCCGCUUAUAGCUUCGUGGCGUUUUUCUCUAUUGGGCUCGGCCCAAUAACUUGGGUGUACAGCUCUGAGGUCUUCCCGUUGAAGCUUAGAGCUCAAGGAGCGAGUCUCGGCGUUGCGGUGAACAGAGUCAUGAACGCCACCGUGUCGAUGUCGUUUUUGUCGUUAUCCAAGGCGAUUACGACCGGCGGAGCAUUCUUUAUGUUCGCCGGAAUCGCGGCGGUGGCGUGGAACUUCUUCUUCUUCCUGAUGCCGGAGACUAAAGGAAAGUCGCUUGAAGAGAUCGAAGCGCUUUUCCAAAGAGACGGUGAUCAUAAAGUACGCGGUGAAAACGACACAGCCUAGUGUUUUUUUUUCUUUAUACGACUGCGUUUUAGUGUGUUUUCUUUAUACGACGCCGUUUGGAUGUUUAUUUGUAUGUGGCUUUUAUCAAAUUAUAUAUAUAAACCAACGGUCACGAUCGAGUUACAAUUUUAGUAUACUUGUUAACAAUUUAA